AUGGCGAACUCUGUGUCUGGGGUGGCGGUGAACGAGGAGUGCGUGAAGGCGUUCCAGGAGCUGCGGGCGGAGCGCAAGCACCGGUUCGUGGUGUACAAGAUGGACGACGACGCGCAGCAGGUGGUGGUGGACAAGGUGGGCGCGCUCGACGCCACCUUCGACGACCUGGCGGCGGCGAUGCCCGCCGACGACUGCCGCUACGCCGUCUACGACCUGGACUUCGUGUCGGAGGACUCGGCCGGCGAGACCCCCCGCAGCAAGAUCUUCUUCAUCCACUGGUCGCCGGAGUCGGCGGACGCGAGGAACAAGAUGCUGUACGCCAGCUCCACGGAGGGGCUCAAGAAGGAGCUGGACGGCGUGCAGAUCGACGUGCAGGCCACCGACGCCAGCGAGCUCACGCUCGACAUCCUCAAGGACUACACCACCUAA